CUCUGAAAUUUUUUGUGGCAUUUUUUGUGUGGUGGCGUCUUAUUUUCCGAUUUUUAGAUUUUAAUUGAACCGAUCACAGGGGUAACACGAUGCUGAGCCGUAAGCGCCGGGCGAGCAGCAUCUCCAGCCGGCAGGACGAAGAUCCGCUGCAGCUGGACGACUCGACGCCGGAGCAGUCGCCGGUGCAGCAGACCACGACACAAUCGGCGCGAAAAAAGCGCCGCCUCGACCCCACGGAACUCUGCCAGCAGUUGUAUGACUCCAUAAGGAACAUCAAGAAGGAGGAUGGCUCCAUGCUGUGCGACACCUUCAUCCGGGCGCCCAAGCGCCGCCAGGAGCCCUCCUACUAUGACGUGGUGGUGAAUCCCAUCGAUCUGCUCAAGGUGCAGCAGAAGCUGAAAACGGACUCCUACGACGACCUAGACGACCUGAUGGCCGACCUAGAGCUCCUUAUUGGCAAUGCCAAGGCGUUCUACAAGCCGGACAGUUGCGAGCACCAGGACGCGGUCUCCUUGUGGCAGCACAUCCAGGCGCAGAGGCAGCGCAUCAUGGAGGCCAAUGGCCUGGCGGAGGAAGAGCCGCGUGCCAGACGCAUUUCACGGCAAGUGCGCCGGAUGACGAGCAGCACGGAACCAGGCCUCGAUGGAAUGGAUGACGAGUACAACCAGUACGAGGAGCUCUUUGCCUCCAUUAUGACUGCCUCCGAUCCCGUGGGCGAUCGGGCCAUGCACCGUAUGUUCCAGCUGCUGCCUUCGAAGAAAAUCUACCCCGACUACUACGAUGUGAUCGAGCACCCCAUUGACUUGCGGCUGAUUGCGACCAAAAUACAAAUGAACGCCUACUCCUCGCUAGUGGAAAUGGAGAGGGAUCUGCUGCAGAUGACUAAGAACGCGUGUUUGUUCAACGAGCCAGGCUCGCAGAUCUACAAGGACGCCAAGGCCCUGAAACGCAUCUUUACGCAGCGGCGUAUCGAGCUGGAGACGGGCAAGGGCAAGCUGGCCAAGAGGAUAAAGAGCUUGUCCAGUGCGGCAAUUGCUGCACUAAAAGAAGAGGUGGACAGCUCGGACGACGAGGAGACGAGCAAAAAGGGAGAGGGUCCCAUGUGGGCGCUUUUUGAUCACCUGUACAAUGCACCAGGAACUUCCGAGCACCCUGGCGUAACUGGCCCACCGCUGGGCAACUUCCUGUGGAAACUGCCAGUGCGUCGCUUCCACCCCGAGUACUUUGAGCUAAUCAAACGUCCCAUCUCCAUGAGCCAGAUCCACACGAAGCUGAAAAAGGGCGACUAUGCGAACAUCAGUGAUCUCACCGCCGAUCUGUACCUAAUGCUGGACAAUGCCAAAAAGGCGUUUCCUCCUUCCCAUCGCACGCACAAAGAUGCUCUGAAAAUGUUGAAGCUUAUGAACGCCAAGCUAGUGGAGGAAUCGCUGGAGGAGACGAGCGAUCUGGAUGAGGAAGACGCAGACGAUAUAGAAACCGAGGUCUUUACGGCGAACUCGCAACCGGAGAGGCGCAAGCCGGGCAGACCGCGCGUGAACUCCAACUCCAACUCGAAUGCUUCUCACACGCCAAACAACUCGAAUUCACCCAAAACAAACCGCAUUGCCAUCAAUGCUGCAAUUAAAAAGAAGAUUCUGAGCAUACAGAAAUAUCUGGUGGACUACUCUUUGGGCAAUCGUCGGCCCAUCGAAAUGUUUAUGGAGAAACCGCCGCGAAAGAUUUAUCCGGACUACUAUGAUAUCAUCCAGAAUCCCAUUGACAUGAAUACCAUUGAACACAAUAUCCGCACCGAUCGCUAUGCUGCCGUAGAGGACGUGGUGUCGGACUACCGACUCAUGUUCUCCAACUGCCGGCAGUACAAUGAGGAAGGUUCUAACAUAUACGAGGAUGCCAACACUCUUGAACGAGCCCUAAACGAAAAGCUGAAGGAGUUUCCGGGUCUGGUGGAGGUCAAGAAGACCCAGCAAAAGUACAGCAAGGUGGGCAGGAAGCUAAAGACCGCUCUGAUUACGGAUCGUCUUUGGCAGUUUUACGAAACAGUGCGGGAGUACCAGGAGCCCAAAGGCAAGAGGCAGCUAUCGCUCAUAUUCACCAAGCUGCCGUCGAAGAACGAGUAUCCGGACUACUAUGACAUUAUUAAGGAACCGAUCGAUAUGGAGCGCAUUGCUCAGAAACUGAAACAGGGCGCUUACGAGAGCUUAGACGACUUGGCUGCCGAUUUCCUCCUAAUGCUGGAGAAUGCCUGCAAGUACAAUGAACCAGACUCGCAGAUCUACAAAGAUGCCCUGGUGCUCCAGCAACUGACGCUGCAGCUGAAGCAACAACUUCGCACGGAGCGCGAUUCUCUUCCGGAUGUUCCCCUGGCCGUGCAGGAGCUCUUCCUCACACUGUUCACCACUCUUUACAAUCACCAGGACGAGGAGGGUCGCUGCUACUCGGACUCCCUGGCUGAAUUGCCCGAGUACGAUGAGCAGGGCGAAGGACCCAAGGUGCGCGGCAUCUCGCUGGAUCUCGUGAAGCGAAGGCUGGACAAAGGAGCUUACAAGCGAUUGGAUAUCUACCAGGAAGAUAUAUUCGCUUGUUUGGAGCGGGCAAGGAAAUUGUCGCGUACAGAUUCGGAUAUAUUUCAGGACUCCAUUGAGCUGCAGACUUAUUUCAUCCGCAAGCGGGACGAACUUUGCAAGGAUACUCUCAGUUCACCCGCUCUCACUUUUACCCUUGAGCGCCUUUUAUCCGAUGUGGAGGUAAGUCGACAGCAAAAGGCGCAACAAGAGGAGCAGGACCAGGAGCAGGAAAAGGAAAAGGACGAGUUCAACGCCGCCAAGGGUGAAAGCAUGACAAUAAAUCAGCAGGUAUUCUCCCCUGGCGAUUAUGUUUACGUCCAGAUGCCGGAAAACAAGAUACCAUCGAUAGCCAGCAUCGAGCGCCUGUGGACAUCGCCCACCAAUGAAAAACUGAUGCAGGCCUCAAUCUUCGUUCGGCCACACGAAACGUACCAUGUAACCACUCGCAAGUUCCUCGAGAAGGAGGUGUUCAAGAGCGGUCUCUCGCAGACCAUCUCAAUGGAUAAGGUGCUGGGCAUGUGCUAUGUGAUGAACAUCAGGGAUUACAUCAAGAUGCGCCCGGAAAAGCUGCCCGAGAAAGAUGUUUUCGUGUGCGAGUCUCGGUACAACAUCCAGGGUCGCUGUUUCAAGAAACUCAAAAACUGGCCGCCAAACCGCGAGGGCAGUUCGGUGAAAUUCGUACCGCGCGAGCAGCCGUUGGAGCUGAAGCGCGUGAUGUCCGUGUUUAAGGAGCGUUUGGAAAAGCACAAGGGCGAAUUGGAGGAGCUUAAACUCCAAGAGACGCUGGUCGAGAAGGAGAAACCGAAUGUGUCUUGUGAUCCGCCGCUAAAUGCUGAGAAUAACAGCACCUACUACCAGCAGUACAACACAGUCUGCAGUGGGGCCAUUAAAACCGGGGACUUUGUGUACGUCGCCACCCAAACCGGGAAGCAGUCGGUGGCCCAAGUGCAGCAGAUAUGGGAGCAAAAUGGAAAGUCCUACUUUAAGGGCCCAUGGCUGCUGCCCCCCAGCGAAACUACUCCUGGUUUGGGCAAGCAAUUCUUCCGCCAGGAGCUGCUGCUGAGCACCGUCGAGGAGGUCAGUCCGGUGGUGGGUGUUGUGGGUCGCUGCGCCGUCCUUGAGUACGCCGAAUUUAUUAGCUCCCGGCCCACGGAGAUUUCCGAGAGCGAUGUAUACAUCUGCGAGUCCGUCUACGACGAACUGAAAAAGGCUCUUCGCAAGUUGGCCGCCGGCAGUUUGCGCAAAUUUCAGCAUAGUCCUGCCGUCACCGAGGACGAGAUCUUCUAUUUUAAGACUCCAAUCAAGCCCUCUAAGGACGUGAAAAACGAGAUAAACGAGCUGGGCAUGCUGGAGGAUUCGAUGGAUGGGGAUACGCCCUCACUGAGCUCUGACAUUGCUGCCAUGUCCUCGCCGGCUCCUUCAGUGAACUCCACGCCACUGACCUCCAAAGUAAAGGCCGCCAAAUCGGCUAAAAAGUGUCUUACUGGCUACAUUCUCUAUUCCAGUGAAGUCAGAAAAGGCAUUUGCCAGAGCAAUCCCGAAGCCUCCUUUGGCGACAUAUCCCGCAUGGUGGGCACCGAGUGGAAGAAUCUCCCCUCCAGCGUCAAACAGAGCUGGGAGGAUCGGGCGAGCAGGCAGAACGAGGAGACGGCGGCUAUGCGCCGCGAGUUGGACGACGCCCAGAACAGCGCCAGUCCCUCGCCCCAAGUGUCGCAGGAUGGCUCCAGCCAGGUGCUUACCUUCGAGUGCCAGUGGGACAAGUGUGACUUUCAGUUCGAGGAGCUGGGCGACUGCACGGAGCAUUGUAUGUCCGAUGCCACGGGUCACAUUCAGCGCAAUCCACAGGCGGGUGUGGAGAUCGAGUAUAUCUGUCUGUGGCGCAACUGCCCACGCAUUAAGAAAUCCACGCAGGCCUUCCCCAAUGUCCUGCGCCUCACCAAGCAUGUGCGCGAAGUUCACCUGAGCAAGUGCGGCAAGCCGGUGGCGGUGGCAGACCGCAGCAAGAACUUUGUGCCGCGUCGUCCGAAGCAUGCUUCGCUGGCCACAACAGUGCCCAUCCCGCCCAGCCUCGCGCAAUCGCCACGCGGUCCGACCAAUCUAGAUGCCGUACAGAUCCAGCAGCAACAGCAGCAUAACGUCCAUCAACAGCAGCAGAUGCAGCAGCAAACGAUAGUGCUGGGACCGCCGCCGGAACCACUGUUCGUGACCGUGCCACCGCGCACCACUCGCGUCAUCCACUCGGAGGCGUACAUCAAGUACAUCGAGAGCCUGCAGACCGGCAGCCACCUGAACGUCGCCACCUGCAACAACAGCUGGCGGCGGGCGCUGACGCACGUCACCCCGGCACAAGUGGUGGCCAAGGCGCCGCUACCCGAGCAAUGGAUCGGACCCAAUCUUCGCGACCAGGGCAACGUGGUGCAGGCACUGUGCCACCUGCGCAACUUUAUGGUCGACGACGUACUCCAAAUACGGCGCAGCUGCAACUAGCCAAUAGUAAUCCUAUAAGCCCAAAGCGUUUCGAGUUCCAUGUUAAAAUACAUCAGAAACAAAUUAAAUCAAA